UCACCUCCAUCAAUGCCCAUCGCAACACCAAACCACGCCUCAUGACCCUAUCGCCAUGAGCCAGCCGCCCGCCACGCCCUCCGCGGGCCACUCCAGGAACAAACCUUCCGUCACAGCCUCCUCGAGACCACGUUCCUCGACCAAGGGGCCCCUCGACGCCGACGACCAUCAUCCUCAGACGUCGCCGUCGACGCCUCAGUCCCAGCCUAGCCCGCGGGCGGGCCAGACGCCGUGGUCAGCGCAGCACCAGCAGCAGCAUCAACAGCACCAGCAGCUGCCGAGACGGACGGCCUCUCGCAAUGUCGCCUCGCCCGCUGUCACGCCCGUCGGCGCAGCGCGCGCGAAAGACUUCUCCUUCCUCCUGCGCCCAGACAUCUACCAUCCGCUGACGCCGCUCAACGUACCCCAGGCCUUUCGCAACUCGCCCAAGCAGCCCGAUCCGACGGCCUCGCUCGACGAGCUGCUCGCCAGGGGCCACUUCCGCGCCGCCGCCAUCGCUGCCGUCCAGCAGCUCACGGGAUCGGGCCUCGACGGCGACGGCGUGGACCCCACAGACGCGGACCGCAUCUUCAGCCUGCUCUACACGAGGCUGGCGUGCCUGACGCUCAUCGACGCCACCCCCCUGGCCGCACACGAGGUCAAGGCUCUCGAGGACCUCAACAACGCCCGCGCCUACGUGGAUGAUGCGACGGGCGAGCACCUCGUGCCCUGGGAGCUGCGCGUCCUCAACGUCCGCCUGCAGUCGCUGGGGUUCAACGACCCGCGGCGCGCCGUCAUGAGCUACCACGAGCUGGCCCGCGAGGCCCGCGACCGAGCCAAACGCGAUGGCGCGGCGCGCGAUCUGUGGCGAGCGCGUCUGCACGAUCUGGGAAUCAAGGUCGCCGGCGCCCUCGUCGACAUGGGCGAUCUGCCGGGCGCCGCGCACCACCUCGCCGGCCUACACGAUACGGGCGACGCCAAGGUCGUGCUGUCGCGGGCCCUGCUAUGGCUGCGCCUGGGUGACGCCGACAGAGCGCGGGCUUGUGUGGCCCAGUGCGCUGACGCGCCCCGACUGGAGCAGCUGGUGCUAGCGCUGUGCGACAUGGCCGAUGCCGACUACGUGGCGGCCCUGGCCCGAUGGCAGGAGCUACGUGAAGCUCUGCCAGGCGAUGAGAUGGUUGGCGUUAACACGGCGGUUUGUUUGCUGUACCUGGGCCGCAUGCACGAGGGUCGGGAAAUCCUCGAGGGACUCGUCGCGGCGGGACAGUCAUCGCACACACUUCUCUUCAACCUGUCAACCAUGUACGAGCUAUGCACGGAGCGCAAUCGCAACCUCAAGCUGAAACUGGCGGAGAGGGUGGCCGCCAUGGACGAGUCGCCGUCGGGAUGGGAACGCAUGAACGCCGACUUUAAGCUCUAGACGACGCCGUCAGCACUACGGGAGAUCAGCCGCGGUGUACAGUCUAAGGCGUCUAUGUGUUGUUCUACCCUGCUCCGUACAUGGUCUUUUACUCGGUCGGGCGCAAAUUGUUGCGGAUCUCGGCCACGUCCGCGUCAGAGAAGCCUAGAUGGUCCUUCAUGUACCCCUCGGCGCCUCCAUACUCGCUGCGCAGACGCUCGACGAAGCGCUUCAUGACGGCAGCGUACGUGCCGAGCAUCUCCCUCAUGCCGGGCGCCUCGAUGGCCACGGCCGCCUCGUCGGCCGAGUACCGCUUGUCCUUGUCGGCAUCACCACCGCCCAUCACGACGCGGGGAUCCGGGGCCGCGGUGGGGGCGCCAACACCGAAGCUGCGAAGGGCGAGGGGGAGCAGCUUCUCGCGCCAGGGCUCGGUGCCGAUGCGGGUGAGAGCGUACUCGUCGGCGAUGACGUCGGCGGGGGCGCCCAUGAGGUCGAGGAUGAGGGCGGCCAUGACGCCGGUGCGGUCCUUGCCGGCUGCAAAGAACGGGUCAGCGACUGCCUGUCAGUCGUUCGGCCUGCUAAGUAUUUAUAGACAGCACAUGUCCCACGGAUAUCAAUUGGCGAGGCACACUCACCCGUGCAGUGGAAUAGCACAGCGUCGCCCUCGCCCGCCGUUCGCAACGCCUCCAACACAGCCCUGAACCCCGUCGUGUACCCCUUGAGCACAGCGUCGUACAUGACAUCGUAGCCCGCGCUCAGGCUCACCCCCUCGCGCGCCACAAAGUCGGCGGGUCCCAUCUGCCGCGGCUUCUCCCUGCCGUCCAUGUACGGGCACGACAGGAGCGUCACGCCCGCUCCGUCGCUGCCGCCGCCAUCAUCGCCAUCACCGUCACCGUCACCGUCACC